UCCAUUUCGCAUCCCAGCUAUCCGAAACCCCGCAGCAACCGCAACCGAAGCUGCAACCCAUGAAUCCGAGCGGGCCGCCCCACCCCGCGCCCUCCGACGCCGGUGGCCGCGGGGAGGACUCGUCGUCGUCGUCCGCCCCGCCGCCGCCGCAGCAGCAGGGGUACGCGACUCAGCCCGUGCCGACGUCACCGCAGCAGCAGGGGUACGCGAUUCAGCACGUGUGGCUGCCGCAGCCGAGCGCGGCUUGGGCUCUUGGUGCGGGCGCGCCUCCCUUCGCCAUCGGGCCGCCGGUGCCGGGGGCGAUCCCGCCGCUGCGCCCGCAGUUUUGGCCGCAGCAGCACCCCUACUGGUGGAGCGGCGGUAACCACUUGCCGCUGGGCCCGACGGUAUGGGGGCCGACCUCCAACGCCAGCCAGUACAUGGACGCCAUGGUCGCGCAGCAGAGGCCCGCGGCGCCGACCUGGCCGCAGCAGCCGCAGUUCGUGCAGUAUCCGCCGUUGCAGCCGCCACCACCGACUCACCAAGACUGGAGGCUGGUGCACAUCCUAUCGGAGUUGCUCCGGUCCCCGAGGACGCUUGAUCAGAUGGUGCUGUCCCUGGACGCGGAGCACUCGGCAAUCCUGCUCCACCAGCUCGAGGUGGGCGACGAGCAGAUGCGCGAUAUGGUGCUCGACGGAUUCAAGCAGUGCGCGCACUGGAUCAUGGGGAACAGGCCAGGGCAUGCGGUGUUCCAAGCGCUCCUGCGCAGCAUCCAGGUCAUCGUAGACGACGACAGGCGGUACGAGGAGCUCCAGAUCAUCGUGGAAGCCGCCGCCACGCCAGAGCUUGCCUGGAGGUCCGACGACGGGGUGGCUUCUCUGAUGUUGCUCAUCACGGCGGUGGCGUGGAGCCCCGGCCUGUCCACCGCGCUCGUCAACUACUUCGUGCGUGAUCGCGUGAUGGACAACGUCGGAGGGGACGAACUGAUUACCCGCUGUUUCACCACGAUGGGUGACGAGGUGACCAGGGCUCUGGUGAGGCACGCCAUGGACACCAUCGAUGACAAGCUCGACUCAUCGUUCGGGGUGCCGUGCUUGGGUACAUGCUUCUGGUACGCGGCCGGCGACGAGCUCCCGCUUUUCCAGGAUGCCCUCGUUGAGCGAGCCGUAACAAUGGCCAUGGGACGAAACAGCAACCGCCUGGUGCAGCGCCUCAUCGACCGCGGCGAGAACAGGAUUGACUUCAGGCGGCGGCUCCUGUCCAGGCUCAUGCAGCACCUCGUUAGACUGUCCAACAACUGGUACGGGAGGUUCGUCCUGCAGCGCUGCUUCAAGAACGCGGUGGUCGCGCUGCAGCCCAUCGUGCUCACGGCUUGUGCUGACCUGCCCCAAGGAGACGUCCAAGCGCUGGUGAUGCACGAGGAGCUCCGGCCUCUCCACAGGGUGCUCCAGGGAGGCAACACUAACUACCCGGCAGAGGCGAGGAGGUUGGCGCUCAAGAUUCAAGCACUGCCUCUACAUAUCCGGGAACAAGAAGAGUUGCAGCCGUUGAUGAGGGCCGUCACGAGGGUCCUCGCCGAUAACCUGGCCAACUUGGGCGACUAGCCUCCUAUACAUAUGUCUUCCUAUACAUAUGUCUUGUCGUUGCGCCAUGCUUGGAGUUGUUUUCGAUCGAUUGGAUAGUUGUGGGUCUGGAGCUGGCUAGCUGUCUCGGAUGGUUGCAUUCUUAGAGAGUAAAUAGCAUAAA